AUGUCUUUGGAGAAGAGAAGGGUCAUGGGGGACUCGCGGACUGACUCAGGGGAAAAAGGUCUGAAAAGGUACGUACUUAGAAUAAUUAAUACAGACUAAAAUUUGAUUUAUACCUGAGGUUAAUAAUUAAAACUAUACAACUCUGGGACCCAAAUUGGCCCUAAAUUGCCAAGCUCAGUUUGUCGGUAUUUUGUUGGUGGGAUUGACUUCAUUAUUAAAUAAGUGUAAAAUCUUGAUGCUUAUUUAAUCUUUAUUUAAGGAGGACCUAUGUCAGAAUAUAACAUUUAAAGUAACUCAUCAUGAAAAUUUUUGGUAUUCAAUUGAACUAUUUUUGGAUUAAAUUAUUUAAACCCGGGAUAAUGGAAUGGCUCCAAUAUUGACAACCAGUAAUGGCUUUCAUUAUCUUUUUUGACACAAUGCAGAAUUUUCAAUUUUGGUACUAUCAGAAUAAACUUAAUUUAUAGCUGCCUCUCCUAUUUUUACUGAUUUAUUAGUGUACUGGGGGAUAAAGUAGACUGAGAGAGACUUCCCCUGGAAACAAUGGAAAGAGAGAGAGAACCCAGCGGUGGUUCAUGGCAAAAUGACUGGUUUGUCAGGGUGUGGUUUACAGGUUGAACAUCACAUAUAAUCAGGUAAAUUACAUGUUUGCCUCAAAUACAAGCAGGACUUGGCUCUCCAAAGGCGAACAGGUGAACUGGUGUGCACCUUUGCUCGGGCCCGACGGUGACAGAAUAAGGAACUGUUUUUCUAUGAUGGUUUAAUUGUAUACCCUGUUGAACUGGCACCAGAUAAUUAGACACGGAACAGCGGCCAACAUUUGAGGAAGCUCGAUGAAAUGACAGUUGUCGGGUUGUCAUACUUGUUACCCUGUACACUGCAGAAUUCACAAACCAUACAACAUGCUGCCACCUGUAGAGGUUCUUGGACAACCCCGUAAUUGUUAAUAAUGACAAAAAUAAUAAUGACAUGUCAUUCAUAGGCGCCAAUCAGGACACUCAACAAUCAGUGUGAGGAGGCCUGUGUAAAAUAGUGUGUUUUGAAGCGAGAUUUGAAAAUUCCCAAGGAGUCAAUGUUCCUAAUGUCUGGGGGGAGGAAGUGCCAAAGGUGGGGGGCAGAGCAAAUGAAGGCUCUGGAUCCCAUGGUCGACAGACAGGCUAGAGCAGGGGUGGACAAUCAUGUGCCAUGGAGGGUUGAGAGGCUGCAGGUUUUCUUUCCAGCCCAAAACUCCACCAGGUGAUUUCAUUGAUUAGUCCCUGCUCUCUGCUUGGAGGUAAGGUAAUCAAUGAAAUCACCUGGUGGAGUUUUGGGUUGGAAAGAAAACCUGCAGCCUCUCGGCCCUCCAUGGCACAUAGUUGCCCACCCCUGGGCUAGAGGCACAACGAGUCUGAUGGAAGUCCGGGUGGUAGUGUUGAUGUGGAGAAGUUCAGAGAGUUAUGGAGGAGUGAGAUUGUGGAUGGCCUUAAAUGUGUGAAGCAGAAUUUUGUAAUCCUUUACUGGAGAGCUUUACUGGUAACCAGAGGAACAGGUGUGAUGGGACUGAUAGAUGGGGUUCUAGUGAUGAUACAAGCAUCGGGGCAGCAGCGAUCUGGAUUAGUUGAAGCUAAUGAAUGGACUUGUGGGGGAAACCAAUAAGAAGGGAGUUGCAGUAAUCCAAGUGGGAUGUAACCAGGGUAUGGACCAGGAUGGCGGUUGGGGGUGAGGGACGAACGGAGGUGAUUGAUGUUUCAAAGAUGGAAGUAGACUGAUCACGUAAUGUAAUUAAUGUGGCUUUGGAAUGUCUGAGUGCUGUCAAGGAUGACACCUCGACUCUUGACCUGAGGUAGGGGAGGGAGGGACAGAGGAGUUGUCAAUGGGAAUGGUAAGGAUGAGAUUGUUACUGACUGUGCCAAUAAGGUAAACCUCAGUUUAACCGCUAUUCAGUUUGACAAAGUUGGAUGUGAACAAGGAUUUGAUUUCCUGUAAACAGUUACAGAGGGAGGAAGGCAGGAAGGUGGAGGUGGGUUUGGUGGGGAGCUGGGUGUUGUCUGCAUAACAAUGAAAAUUAAUGUAGAACUUGCAGAAAAUGUGACCAAGAAAGUAAAUAAUGAACAGGACGGGGUUGAGGACUGAGCCUUGGGGAACACCAGAGGAGAGGGGAAAUGGUUGGAAUUUGAUAGUUUUCAACUGGAUGAAUGGAGUAUGGCCAGGGAGAUAAGAUGUUAACCAGUCCAGUGGUGUGUCUGAUAUACCAACUGAUGCUAGUCUAGGAACUUAUUUUACCCACUAAUCCUCUCUGUUUCUUGUGUCUUCAGAAAUGUUGAUGAGAGCCCGUUUCGUAAGAGGACGCUUUCACUACAAUCUGGGUUCAAGUUCCUGCUCCUGUUUUGUAUCCUGCUCUUCAUAGUGAGUUUCACCCUGUCUGACACCUGUCUGUCAUUGUGGGACAGCUCCAAACUGAACUUCCACAAGUUGCUCAAUCAGACCAGCCAGUUAUAUCUUCUCCAUCCUAUCCUCAGAGUUAGACCCAAACUAAUCCUUGAAACAACUACAGUGUCAACUACUACAGCACCGACUACAGCACCACCAGGGAUUCAGUACCACCUUGCCUAUCCACGCAACUACCACUUUAUCAUGGAUAACCCAGAGGUGUGCAAGUACCAGACCCCUUUCCUGGUUUUGAUGGUUCCUGUGGAGCCAAAUAACAUAGCUGCUCGAGAUGCCAUCAGGCAGACGUGGGGCAAAGAGAAGGAGGUUCAAGGUCAGGUGGUACUUACCCUGUUCAUGUUGGGAUCUUCUGGAGGAGCCAAUGUGGAGCAGCAGGAGAAGCUCAAACAGGAGAAUGAGAAGCACCAUGAUCUGAUCCAGAGUGACUUCAGGGACACUUACAGGAACCUGACCAUCAAAAGUAUGGUGAUCAUGGACUGGUUGGCCACACACUGCCCUACAGCAGCCUUCGGCAUGAAGAUAGAUUCAGAUAUGUUCCUUAAUAUUGAUAAUCUAGUGAUCAUGCUACUAGAGCCAAGUGUUCCUAAGCUGAACUAUCUAACAGGGCAUCUGAUGUGGAACCGACCAGUUAUUCGCUCAGAGGAUUCCAGAUGGUAUGUCCCUGAGGAGUUGUACCCAGAACCAAAGUACCCAACCUACGCUCUAGGCAUGGGAUAUGUCUUCUCUAAUGACCUCCCAGAGAAGUUUGUGGAGGCGUCAAAGUCAAUUAAAUACUUUAACAUAGAGGAUGCUUACAUAGGGGUGUGCAUGAAAAAAAUGGGACUUAAACCUUCAUCGCCGCCAAAACCCUCUCAAUUCAGGACCUACAACUUCAAAUAUGACCGUUGCACAUUCUCUAAGGUCAUAACAUACAUUCUUGGGUCCCCACAGCAACUGAUAAACUUCUGGACGGACUUGAAGAGACCAGAACCUCCGUGUUAG